AUGGCGGAAGGAGGAUGGCGUAUUGCAGAAACUCAAGAAGAGGUAUGGGCAAGAGCCUGGGACAAGGAGCUCGGGAAGAAACACGUCAGAAAUGAAUAUGAGAGGUUGGAAAGGAAUCCACCAGAUGGAUGCUACGUCCAAGCAAUUGAUGAGAACUCGCUUCACUGGCAAGCUACUGUCGUUGGCCCACCAAGUAGCGUUUAUGAAGGUGGUGUCUUUCACAUUACGCUCAAAUAUAAAGACGAGGAUCCGUUUGUGUGGCCCGAAGUGACUUUCAUCACCAAGAUCUACCAUCCACUGAUAGUCAACGAAAAUGGCAAGAUAUGCGAGCGGUGUCUGUCCACGAUGCCUGGUGCUGAUAUAUGCAUUGUGAGCUUUUAA